GCAGUCAGCGUUCACCGACGAACCGAUCGACACCACCGGUAGCAGCAACCUGCUUCCCACCAAUCGGCGAUGGCCUAUUACGACACGAGGACGACGGUGGACAGCUUCCUUCUGUCCCGUUAUAGUGCCGCUACCGGCAUUGCGGGUAGCACCGGAACGAUGGGUUCCGUUGAAGACAUGUUCUUCAACAUUACCCCAACAUCAUCGACCUCACUGACGACGGCCCUGAGCAGCAGUACGAUCGGAAGCCCCGGCGGUAACGAAACCGAAAGUCUAGCGGAAAUCGAACCCACCUACUCGCUGGUACAGAUCAUCAUCCUUGGCAUCAUCGCCACGGUCCUGAGUAUUCUGACGGUGGCCGGAAACGUCAUGGUGAUGAUCUCGUUCAAGAUCGACAAACAGCUACAAACAAUCAGCAACUAUUUUUUAUUCUCACUUGCCAUUGCGGACUUUGCAAUAGGACUGAUAUCGAUGCCACUGUUCUCGGUAACGACCCUGCUCGGGUAUUGGCCCCUGGGUCCCCACAUAUGUGACACGUGGCUAGCGUUGGACUACCUGGCGUCGAAUGCGUCCGUGCUCAAUCUGCUCAUCAUUAGCUUUGAUAGAUACUUUAGCGUAACUAGGCCUCUAACAUAUCGAGCGAAGCGUACAACGACCCGGGCAGCGAUUAUGAUUGGGGCCGCGUGGGGCAUCAGCUUACUGCUGUGGCCUCCGUGGAUCUACAGCUGGCCCUAUAUCGAGGGCAAGCGAACUGUGCCGGAGAAGGAGUGCUACAUCCAGUUCAUCGAGACCAAUCACUACAUUACCUUCGGGACGGCCAUCGCCGCUUUCUACGUACCGGUGACGGUUAUGUGCUUCCUCUACUAUCGAAUAUGGCGGGAGACGAAAAAGCGACAAAAGGACCUGAAGAACUUGACCGGGGACCGGAAGAAAGAUUCCUCCAAGCGGUCCAAUUCGAGUGAUGAGAACACGGCGGUCAAUCACUCGGGUGCGAUAGCGCAACUGACCAACGCCGAACCGGACGGCUGGCGAAGGCCCCGAAGCGAGUCGUCAGCGGAUGCGGAGAGUGUCUACAUGACCAACGCGGUCAUCUCGGACUCGGGCUAUGGACACGGGAUGCUCUCACGACGAUCUAGUGUAAUAUCAACAUUCACAUUGAAAAAGCCGACCACAUUCUUCGGCGGCAUCAAGGAGUGGUGUAUCGCGUGGUGGCACUCGGGCCGUGAGGAUUCCGACGAGUACGGGUACGACGCCGAGGAGCCUUCGGAUCUAGGAUGUACAUCGUUGAACGUCAUCCGGGAUCCCUACGGGACCACGGGCCGGGGCAACGUGGUCAGUAUGAUACCGGACAUCUCGCCGACGCCGAUGCGGCCAACGUUGCCCCCGAUGGCCCAUCUUCAGGAUAUGCACGGACCAAGAGAUUCACGCUCACUACCGAACAGCAACCGGCUGGGUUCUCGCUCGGUUAGCCAGGACUCUGUAUAUACGAUACUGAUACGCUUGCCGCCGGAAGGUGGAUCCGGUGAUGAGCGAGCACCUUCGAUCAAAAUGAUCCAGGACGAUGUGCCAAUGUCGAUGACGGUUCCACCAAGGCGACCUCUACCCUCCCGGGACUCGGAUUACAUCAUCCCGGUAGGACGGCGACAAUCUACGGCUACGACGGAUAUCCGGCUGCCGUUAACGACCAAAAUCAUUCCGAAACCGUUGUCCAAACAGCAGCAGAUCCACCAAGCGAACAUGCUGCAAACGGCACGGCAGGUGAAGAAGAAGAAAAAAUCUCAGGAGAAGCGUCAGGAGACGAAGGCCGCCAAAACGCUGUCGGCCAUUUUGCUGAGUUUCAUCAUCACGUGGACUCCGUACAACAUUCUGGUGCUGCUGAAACCGUUGACGGCCUGCACCCGGUGCAUACCGCAGGAGUUGUGGGACUUUUUCUACGCCCUGUGCUACAUCAACUCGACCAUCAAUCCGGUAUGUUACGCCCUGUGCAACGCUUCAUUUCGGCGGACCUACGUACGGAUACUGACGUGCAAGUGGCACACCCGAAACCGAGAGGCCAUGACGAGGGGGGUCUACAACUAGGUUUAAGUAGCAAAAAAGGGGUGGGGUUUUGUGAUUAAUCCUAGGUUUGCUAUUGAAUUGAUGUUAGGUUCGCGUUCUUCUGGGUGCUCCGAAUGGAGUGAGGGCCGCAGGGUGGAUCAGUCAGACGACACGGAAAAGUACGCAGCGAUUAGAGUGUUUGCUUUGCUUGCUCGUUUUAGGCUAAUAUCGAUAUCGAUACCUAGAGAGAUGAAUACAAGUCUUAUUUUAUUGAUUUCUGUCACAUUCUGCAUGGUCAAAUUAUUGGUGCGAUAUUUGAAAAAUUAGGAAAUUUUGGGAUCUUUCCACCUGAUGAUGUUGUAUUUUCAUCGUAAUUGUGCAAAAAUCUAUCACGUCUUUCGCGAUAACUUUUGAAAAUAUGUAUGAAUCUUCAUAAAAUUU